AUGUCUCAAUACAGCGGCGGUCCGUCGCAGCCGCAGCUGCAAUCGCGCCCGAGCAGAUCAAGACCACAGGGGGCAGCGCCCAUAUUGGCUCCACCACUCAAUCGUGCCGGCUCCUCUACAUCGCGGCUCUACAACGACUCCAUCGUGGCAGAGCUAUGCACUCUCGACACCUUUCAGAAUGACUUCAACACCAACGACUUUAUCGCUCAGCUCACCUCGAAGCUGGUGCAGCGCUCAAAGGCAGACCCUGGCCCCUUCAACCCGAGACCCUUCAUCCGGACCUUGGAAUCGGCCACGGAACAGCUCAAUCAGAUUCGUACUCAGAUCAACUCGCAAACACAGCAGCUAUCCUCCUCGGUGCACGUCGCAGAGUCCGCCUACACCAAGAAGCUCGAUGAGCUCUCCAAGAACUUUGUCUCCGUGGGCAACUCCUUCACAAGUCUAGAGGACCGCAUAUCGGAAGUGGGUCGCACUGCCAUCCGUAUCGGCGAGCAGCUGGAACUCAUCGACAAGCAGCGUAAUCGAGCCAGUGAAGCACAUGAUCUAAUCGAGUUCUACUACAUGUUCGCUCGUGGCGACACAUCCAAGCUCGAACGUCUGCGCAAAGAAGGCGGGCGCGAAGGGAGAAUGAAGACGGCCGUUAUCGCCCGACGUCUUGCUGCGAUCAGCCGUGAAGUCGACGUCGCCGGAAGUGAUCAAACCCGCGACUCCAUCGAUCGCUACUGUGAGCGAUUCGAGCGCGAUAUGCUCAAGCUCUUUGACAAGUUCUACCGCAGGUCCGAUCCCAAGAUGAUGUCGCACAUCGCCAAAGUACUGCAAGCUUUCAACGGAGGAACAAGCUGCGUCCAGAUCUACGUCAACCAGCACGACUUCUUCAUCUCCAAAGACCGUGUCGGCGAAGCCAACAGCAUCGAGCUCAGCCAGAUCUGGACCCACAUGGCCGACCCAGAUCAUUCACCACCACAGUCGGAACCUGCUCUGACAGCUCUGUUCGACGAGAUCCGGCAGACCGUCGAAAUCGAAGCGCAAAUCAUCUCGGCCGUCUUUCCCAGUCCGCUCAUCGUCAUGCAGACCUUCCUGCAGCGUGUCUUUGCGCAGUCAGUCCAAGGCUUUGUCGAGGUCAUCAUGGACAAAGCCAUGCAGGUCCACGCACCCGCCUUCGUCGGGGCGGGCGGAAACAUCGACGCAAAAACGGCGGCACUCGAGCCCAACCCUCCCUCCGGCCAGCAGCCCACAACCUCGCAUCUGGCUUUUCUCAGGGCGUUGCACCUGGCACGUUCCAGCGCCUUGAGUCUCGUCAACGACUUGAAGCAGUAUGACUACCGCGGUGCUGGCAUUGUCGGUCCAUCCCACGCAGCAAACGGAAGCGGCGCUGGUGCAGGCAGCAACGCAGAGGGAGGUGCAUCAGACUCGCUGACGCUACUGGGCAACGACAAUGCAGCGAGCGCGGGUCACUUGACCGGCGCGUCGGCCAGUCCGUUGGCCACCAUGCUCGACCAGUCGUUGGACGAGCUGUUUGUGCCGUACAUGGAAGGCAUACGCUACAUCGACCGGGAAUCGCGGAGCUUGACUGAUCUCUACGCUGGACUGCUGUCCAAGUACAUCACAUUUCAUCGCGCCGCCGCUGUGGUCAAGAAGGAGAAGGGCAGCAGCAACAGCAUUUUCGAUCGUGUGCGCAAUCAGAUCUCAGCCGGCCCGGAUGCCUCUUCCUCGAAUUCAAAUCUCGGAGGCGGUACCGGAGCGAGCAGUACCAGCACAGCUGCCACUUCGAACGCCUCGAAGACGUCGUUCUUCAAACUCUCCAUCCUCGCAGACCGCGUACGUGGAACCAACCUUGCCACCGGCAACAACAAUGCAGCGUCGACAUCAGCAGAAUCGCUCGUUGACGGCCAUCACGUUUCGGGCGGACGUCAUCACGAGGACGAGCUUGAGGACGGAGACGGCGAUCUGUCGCUCGACAUCGCCGAGAAGAUGCUGCGAUGGCACGCCGAGUCCAUCGGCCGAUGUGUCGAUCUGAGCUCGCCGACCGAGGUGCCGAAAGCAACGUUUGCUCUGCUGCGUGUUCUGACCUCGGCUUACAUCAAGACCUAUGUCGAGACAGCGCUCGACUCGGCUUGGACCGCGCUGGGCGCUCAAGACACGCGCGGACCCAUCCUUCCAGACCCCUCUGCAGCCAUGUCGCUGCUUUGCACGGUCGAGCUGCUCAUCUCACUGUGGCAGCAUUAUGUCAACACGGCGCUGCUGCCACUGGCAAGCGCCAGUGUGACCUUGCGCAGGGAGAUGAUGAUCUUCAACAACCACAAUCUGCUCCGUGUCGAGGGCAAGUGCGAUGCGCUGAUGCAGAGGAUUGCGGACAACGUGGUGAGCUUCCUCGCCAAUCGGCUGGCGCUGCAGAAGAAGAACGACUUUGCGCCUAAGAACGACGAGCUGGCCUUUUCACGUCAGAACACCGAGCCGUGCGUGGCCUGUUCCGAAGCGCUGGAGAAGGUGCAGCAGGCAGCGAGAGCCAAUCUCGCUCUGUCUUCGAGUCGCAUGGUCACCUCCGCGAGCGGCAAUUUCAACAUUCACAGUUCGCCUGGAAAGGGUCAGCAUCCCGGUUCGAGCCGUGCCAUCGACGGAGGAUCCUCUCGCGUCAGCUGGGCCGACACGGACACCUACGGCAACGCAGACUCGGACGACGACUCGGACGACGCGCACCGGCACAACAACCUCUCCCGCAACGCCGAGACGUUCCUCACCGAGAUUGGCGUCGCCUUCCACGGCCUGCUCCUCGACCAUCUGCGCAAAUACACCGUCAGCGCAGCAGGCGGCAUCAUGCUAACAAAAGACCUGGCGAUGUACCAGGAUGCCAUCGGCACGUUUGGCAUCCCCGUCCUGUCGGAUCGCUUCGAGAUGCUUCGUCAGCUCGGGAAUCUCUUCAUUGUGCAGGCGUCGGUGCUCAAGUCGUACAUGCGCGAAGGGCAUUUGGCCAAGAUCGACGAGCGAUUGUUGCGACCGUAUCUGUUGAGGAGGGCGGAUUAUGCGAAGGAAGUGAGGGAUUUGGAGGAUGGACCUGCGCCAAGUACGCCGACUGCUGCGCCGAGCAAUCCGUUUGGAGCGGGGAACGAUCUGUUUGCCACUGCGCCGGGAGGUGGACGGGACUUGUUCGGUCAUCUGCCCGGGUUGAUUAGUGGCACGCAGGGCAGUCCAGGUGGGGCAGCGUCGAAUGCAGCGUCAGGGACGGGAGGGAGGACAGCAGAGCAAGUCAGGCUGCAGCGGCUGGGAGAUGUGUUGGCGCAUCUGGAGAAGUUCAGCCUUGGUGCGGCUGGAGCGUCAAGCAAAGGGCAGCAGCAGGGAGCUGCAUCGUCCAGUGUCGCUGCCUCUUCGCGCAAGUAG